CUUUGGAAAGGAAGCCAAAUAGCUUUACAAUUUAUACAUUUCCCGUCAAAACCAAGAAAACCUGAUCUGUGCAAAAAACUUUUUUUCUUGUGCUGUGAGAAACAUAAAUAAUGUGUGGUGGUGCUAUAAUCUCCGAUUACAUAGACCCUAGCCGGACUUCUCGCCGGCUCACCGCCGACUUGCUGUGGGGUCGCUUCAAUAUGAGUAAGAAGCAAAAAAAUCCUAACAAUUAUCACUCCAAGCACUUGCGAUCUGAAGUAGUUGACGACUUUGAAGCCGAUUAUCAGGACUUCAAAGAAUUAUCCGAUGAUGAGGAUAUCAAGCCAUUUGCCUUCUCGGCUUCUAAUCAGUCUACUGGUUCCAUAUCUUUGAAAACUGUUGAUUCAGACAAGGAUGCUGCUGAUAAAUCCUCUAAGAGAAAGAGGAAGAAUCAGUAUAGGGGGAUCAGACAGAGACCUUGGGGUAAGUGGGCAGCUGAAAUACGUGACCCAAGGAAAGGGGUUCGGGUCUGGCUGGGAACCUUCAACACUGCAGAAGAAGCUGCCAGAGCUUAUGAUAUUGAGGCUAGGAGGAUCAGAGGCAAGAAAGCUAAGGUGAACUUUCCUAAUGAAGCUCCAGCACCUGCGUCAAGACACACUGUUGAGGUGAAUCCUCAGAAGGUCCUUCCUAAGGAGAGCCUGGAUUCAGUUCAGUCUGACUCAGCAAUCAUGAACAAUGUGGAGGGUGGCUAUUGUGAUUCUUUGGGAUUUUUUGAAGAGAAACCCAUGACAAAGCAGUAUGGAUAUGAGAAUGGGAGCAGGGCUUCUGCAGAUACGGGAUUUGGAUCAUUCGUCCCUUCAGCUGGUGGCGAUAUCUACUUCAACUCUGAUGUAGGAAGCAACUCUUUUGAGUGCUCUGAUUUUAGUUGGGGAGAGCCAUGCUCCAGGACUCCGGAGAUAUCAUCUGUUCUGUCAGCUGCUGUUGAAAGUAAUGAAGCUCAAUUUGUUGAAGACGCCAAUCCCCAGAAAAAGCUGAAAUCAUGCACAAGCAAUCCCGUAACUGAUGAUGUUAACACUGUGGACAUGCUAUCUGGAGAGCUUUCAGCUUUUGAACCACAGAUGAAUUUCUUUCAACUCCCAUACAUGGAGGGAAAUUGGGAUGCAUCAGUUGAUACUUUCCUCAACACAAGUGAGGCUCAAAAUGAAGUAAAUGCAAUGGACCUUUGGUCCUUUGAUGAUGUUCCUUCUUUAAUGGGAGGCGUCUUUUAACUCAACAUGCUUUCCUUGCCUAGUUAUUGUAAAUAAAGGCUUCAUGUGAGUGAUUGUUUUGUUGUAUGAUGUACUUGGUGCAGAUAUUUGAUAUGUUAAUUUGAUCUUUGUUAACAUGUUCUUUUAGGUGUGUCUGGUGGUGGAAGAAGGAUGAUCCACAGACAAACAUGAUUAAGCCAUGGAUUGUGCGCUCAAUCGGUAUUUGGUGUUAGAACAGUGCAUAGCUAAUUAGGUUUAAUUUGCACUAGAGAUGCUAAAUUUCAAGUUUUUAUUUUUUUAAUAACAAUUGGGCUGUAUGGAUGAUGACAGUUGUUGAUGAGACCUCGAUGCUUAAUAUACUGAGUGCAUUGGAGAAUUAGCGUUGUCAUUUUCUAUGGCCUCGUUUUCCGUCUAAAGGGUGUAGAUAUUGUUCUUGUUAAGAUUAAUCGAGUUUUUAUUUUUUGUAAAAAUAUGUUGUGCAUUUUGUGAAAAAAUGGAUCUUGUACAAGUUAAUAAGAUGAGUUUGAUUUGUAAGUUA